AUGCCGCUACUACUACUACCUCCAUCCUUCAUUUGGGCCACUUCCAUCCUUCUUUGUGGCCUCCUCUCGCCCACCCUUGGCGUUGGUGGGGCUGCACAUCCUCCCUUUAACUACAGCGAUGCGCUGGACAAGGCCGUGCUGUUCUUUGAGGGGCAGAGGUCAGGCAAGUUACCUGUUGCUCAACGAGUCAUGUGGCGCGGUGACUCUGCCCUCUCUGACGGAGCCCAUGAGAAUGUGAAUUUGGUGGGAGGUUACUACGAUGCCGGAGACAACGUCAAGUUCGUGUGGCCGAUGGCGUUUACGGUGACAUUGUUGAGUUGGACCGCCGUUGAAUAUGAAAAUGAGAUGGGUUCUGUGAUGCAACUACAACACCUCCGGGGAUCCGUCCGGUGGGGCGCCGAUUUCAUAUUGCAAGCUCAUGUUUCACCCACCACACUCUAUACUCAGGUAGGAGAUGCAAAUGGCGAUCAUAGGUGCUGGGAGCGGCCGGAGGACAUGGACACUCCUCGAACGCUGUACAAGAUAACGCCUACUUCGCCAGGCAGCGAAGCCGCUGCGGAGGCCGCCGCUGCGCUUGCGGGCGCUUCCAUUGUGUUCAGCCAUGUGGAUGCCAAUUACUCAAGAACCCUUCUUCAACGCUCCAUAUCUCUCUUUCAGUUUGCUGAUGAGUUUAGAGGAUCCUACUCUGCUUCUUGCCCAUUUUACUGUUCCUUUUCUGGGUACCAGGAUGAGCUGCUGUGGGCAGCUGCUUGGCUAUACAAGGCAACUGGAAAUAACAAUUACUUGAGCUAUGUUGUAAGCAAUCAAGGGUGGAGUCAGGCUGUCUCUGAGUUCAGUUGGGACAACAAAUUUGUUGGAGCUCAGACACUCUUAGCAAAGGAAUUCUAUAAAGGAAAGAGAGAAUUGAGCAAGUUUAAGAGCGAUAUAGAAUCGUUCAUCUGUGCAGUGAUGCCCAACAGUGGCUCUUCUCAGAUUCCUACAACGCCUGGUGGGCUUCUUUUCAUAAGAGAUAGCACCAAUUUGCAAUAUGCAUCAACCUCUUCCAUGGUGCUUUUCAUGUACUCUAAACUCCUAAACCAAGCCCACAUCGAUGGAGUUCAUUGCAGAUCCAUAUAUUUCUCCUCUUCUCAAAUCAAAAUCUUCGCAAAAUCCCAAGUGGAUUACAUAUUGGGGGAAAACCCCUUGAAGAUGUCAUACAUGGUGGGAUUCGGCAGCAAAUACCCAUUGAAGUUACAUCACAGAGCCUCAUCCAUCCCUUCAAUUAAAGCUCAUCUGUCCAAGGUUGGGUGCAGCCAUGGCUACUCGGAGUACUUCAAUUCAAACAAUCCAAACCCGAAUAUACACGUUGGUGCCAUAGUGGGAGGCCCUAAUUCAAACGACCAAUUCAGUGAUAUGAGACCCGACCACACUCAUUCUGAGCCUACUACUUAUAUGAACGCUGCGUUUGUUGGCUCAGUGGCUGCAUUGGUUGCAUAACCCUCUCCUGUUUGAUUGUCAUACAA